AUGGAAAUGAUGGCAGAUUGGGGUGGGACUGACAUCGCAUCAGUGGUCCAGGAAGACGUCUCCGAGAAAAUGGUGUCGGGGCUGGUGGGAGAGCCCGAGUGCCGGCAGCGGGAGGGCCGUGGGUGCACAAACCGGUUCCAGCCUAAGGGCUCCGGCCGUGGGGUGCACCCCUCAGAGGGUGGCAGCCACGAUGGGAUAGACGGCGGGAGGCCGUUGCAGAGACAUGUUUCUUGGGGGAACUUGAUCGGGGAGGCUGUGGAUGUGGGCACGCUGAGCACAGCGUGGUCCCUCGGGACAGAGAGUAGAGGCAUCUCCUCUGGAGACAUUGACCCCACAGAUGACCCUGGCUCUGGCCCUGGAGAGGCCAGGGUCUGCCCGCUGACCGUGUCCUAUGUGCCGGGAGGUGCGGCCUGGGGAGCGGGGCUGGCCCUCCGGCUUCCUCUGAGCACCGCCCCCUGGGCUUCUCUCCCUCCAGGCACCAGCUUGCUGCAGGAGGUGGUCUACUUGGUGAGCCAGGGGGCCGACCCUGAUGAGAUCGGCUUGAUGAACAUCGAUGAGCAGCUCCCGGUCCUGGAGUACCCGCAGCCGGGCCUGGACAUCAUCAAGGAGCUGACGUCGCCUCGCCUCAUCAAGAGUCACCUCCCCUACCGCUUCCUGCCCUCCGAUCUCCACAAUGGCGAUUCUAAGGUCAUAUACAUGGCUCGGAACCCCAAGGACCUGGUGGUGUCCUACUAUCAGUUCCACCGCUCCCUGCGGACCAUGAGCUACCGGGGCACUUUCCAGGAGUUCUGCCGGAGGUUCAUGAACGACAAGCUGGGUUACGGCUCCUGGUUUGAGCACGUGCAGGAGUUCUGGGAGCACCGCAUGGACUCGAACGUGCUUUUCCUCAAGUAUGAAGACAUGCACCGGGACCUGGUGACGAUGGUGGAGCAGCUGGCCAGAUUCCUGGGGGUGUCCUGUGACAAGGCGCAGCUGGAGGCCCUGAGCGAGCACUGCCACCAGCUGGUGGACCAGUGCUGCAACGCCGAGGCCCUGCCCGUGGGCCGGGGAAGAGUCGGGCUGUGGAAGGACAUCUUCACUGUCUCCAUGAACGAGAAGUUUGAUUUGGUGUACAAACAGAAGAUGGGGAAGUGUGACCUGACGUUUGACUUUUAUUUAUAA